ACAAUGUCCUCCCACCAAUGCAACACACUGUAUUAUGGUUCCGGAAAUGCUACAAGCAGUAAAUAUGCUACACCUAAUGCAAAGAGUGUAUAAAAAGGAUACGGUUAUUUUUAAUUGACGAGUACGCCUCUAUAUACAGCUGACAAUCAGUCAUGAUGAAGUCUGGCCUUUUCUUAUUUGUUACCUUUGGAGUUUUCAGCUCUAUGCAGCUACUUGCACUGGGACAAGAGUCUGGAUCAAUGGUUGUUGGUGGGACUCCUAGCGUCAGUGUCCUCCGUGGACGUGAUGGCAGGGAUGGGCCACGAGGAAGAGACGGACGUGAUGGAGUGCAAGGAACAGUGGGCCUAAGAGGAUCCCCCGGAAUGAAUGGACCUCCUGGUACAACUGGAGCCCCUGGACCAAAGAGUGGGGGUGUGGUCUACACUAGGUGGGGGAAGACUACCUGCAGAGUUGGAGCCAAUCUAGUGUAUGCUGGAGUAAUGGCUGGGAGUCAUCACCGAGCUGUUGGUGGUGGCACCACUCGAUUGUGCAUGCCCAAUAAUCCCGACUACAUCCUCCCAUUCAUUAAUGGUGUGCAGAGCUACAGCCCACUCUACAAUGUUGAAUAUCAGGACACUGUGCGAAACCAUGGCCACGACAUUCCUUGUGCUGUGUGUGUGGUACCCACUAAAGACCUUGUGCUAAUGGUACCCGGCAAGAGCUCUUGUCCAGCUGGAUUCACGAGAGAGUACUAUGGCUACCUCAUGUCGGAGAAGGUGCUUGAAGAGGCUCAUAAGCGAUCUACAUUUGAAUGCGUUGACAAAGAUCUCGAGUCUGUACAUGGAAGUUCCCAUGCACAGUAUCCUGGUCUGUUUGGUCAUGUUGAGGCUGUGUGUAAUGCACUCGCUUGCCCUCCCUACAACAAUUACAAAGAGAUCAACUGUGCUAUGUGCACAAUGUAGUUUUUAAAACUACUAUAAACUGAAUGAGAACUGUGUACUAAUACUGACAGUAGUUAAUCAGAUUGAAUCCUAUAAUGUCAUCAAAAUAAUGACAUUGUGCAUAUAUAUGAUUGAUCAACAAA